ACCAGUUUGCAGCGCUGCGUGCGCAGGGAGGACAUCAGCGAGCUCCUUUCAAGCAGCAAUAGAACAUCCGAAGUUGCUGACGGGGAGCGCUCCUGGAAACUAGUCUAAAAUUAACAUCAAUUUCGACAACAACCAGCUCCAGAAACAAGUAACAAUGGGAAAGAAUUACGACUUAAAAUCGGAGACAAAUAAAAACGCUCAGAAUGGAGACGUAAGUAGCCAAAAAAACGGAAAUGGAAAACAGAAACCUACCAAUGACGCAAUGGUGGGACCACUGGAAAUAUUCCGUUAUGCGGAUGGCGGGGACCUUGUCCUGAUGUUCUUUGGAACCAUCAUGGCGAUGGCUAACGGGGCUGUUCUUCCUGCCAUGGUGAUUGUAUUCGGCGACAUGACGAACAGCUUUGUGAAUGAAGAAAUAAUUAAUGGCUGGAAUGAAAGUGUCCCUCUUCCCCCUAAUUUUACCUUGCCAGCUGUCAAUCAGUCGCUUGGAGAGAGUAUGACCAGGCACGCUAUUUACUACAGCAUCAUGGGAGGUAUCGUGCUGUUUGCAGCGUACAUGCAAGUGGCCUUCUGGACGCUGGCCGCAGGGCGUCAGGUGAAGCGGCUGCGGAAGAUGUUCUUCCAUGCCAUCAUCAAGCAGGACAUCGGGUGGUUUGACGUCAACGAGACGGGACAGCUCAACACGCGGCUUGCCGAUGAUAUCUAUAAGAUCAAUGAAGGCAUAGGGGACAAGAUGGGCAUGCUGAUUCAGAGCAUCACCACUUUCUUCGCGGGCUUCAUCGUCGGCUUCAUCAAAGGCUGGAAGCUUACCCUUGUCAUCCUCGCCAUAAGCCCCCUGCUUGGGAUUUCAGCCGCAAUCAUCGCCAAGGUGAUGACGUCGUUCACGACCCAAGAGCAGACGGCGUACGCCAAGGCAGGGGCUGUGGCAGAGGAAGUGUUAUCUGCCAUCAGGACCGUGUUUGCUUUCGGAGGACAAAGGAAGGAGAUCCAAAGGUACCAGAAAAACCUGGAGGAGGCGAAGAACGUGGGAAUAAAGAAAGCGGUGACGGUGAACAUCGCGGUGGGCUUCACUUACUUCAUGAUCUACAUGGCGUACGCGCUGGCCUUCUGGUACGGUAGCACCCUCAUCUUUGCUGGAGAGUACAGCAUCGGAUCCCUGCUCACGGUUUUCUUUGCCGUCAUCAUCGGUGCGUUCGGCAUCGGCCAGACGUCCCCGAACAUCCAGGCGUUCGCUAGCGCGCGGGGGGCUGCUCACAAGGUCUUCAGCAUCAUCGAUCAUGAGCCGAACAUCGACAGUUUUUCUGAUCAAGGCUACAAGCCCGACGUAGUGAAAGGAAACAUCGAGUUCAGAAACAUCCAGUUCACUUACCCCUCACGGCAGGAUGUGAAAGUGCUCAGUGGUAUGAGCCUGAAGGUCAGCUGUGGUCAGACUAUUGCUCUCGUGGGUAGCAGCGGAUGCGGCAAAAGCACAACAAUCCAGCUGCUCCAACGCUUCUACGACCCCCAGGAGGGAACAGUGUGCAUAGACGGCCAUGACAUUCGCACGCUGAACGUGCGCUACCUGAGGGAGCUCAUCGGUGUGGUGAGCCAGGAGCCUGUCCUCUUCGCCACCACCAUCGCUGAGAACAUCCGGUACGGCCGCGAGGACGUCACGCAGGAAGAGAUCCAACAGGCAGCGCGUGAGGCCAACGCCUAUGACUUCAUCAUGAAGCUGCCUCAGAAAUUUGAAACCCUGGUGGGCGACAGAGGCACGCAGAUGAGCGGUGGGCAGAAGCAACGAAUCGCUAUCGCCCGGGCGCUCGUGCGCAAUCCCAAGAUCCUCCUGCUGGACGAGGCCACGUCCGCGCUGGACACGGAGAGCGAGGCGAUCGUCCAGGCUGCCUUGGAUAAGGUGAGACUGGGCAGGACCACCAUUAUCGUGGCGCACCGCUUGUCUACCAUCCGCAACGCUGACAUCAUCGCCGGGUUCCAGCACGGGCGGAUUGUGGAGCUGGGCACACACGACGAGCUCAUGCAGAAAAAGGGCGUCUACCACUCUCUCGUCACAAUGCAGACCUUUAGUAGCACGGAGGCUGAGGAAGUGGUCAUGGAGGAGGUGGGGCUAGACGAGAAAAGCCCCUCGCUCACCUCUAUGACCGAGCACACACUCUUCAGACAGAAGAGCAAGAGCUUCAUCGGCUCGGAGAACGAACUGAAAGAUGGAGACAAAGACCCAGCGCCAGAGGAGAAGGUUCCGGAUGUGUCCUUCCUCACCGUGCUCGGUCUGAAUAAGAAGGAGUGGCCCUACAUGGUAGUGGGCGUGUUCUGUGCCACCAUCAACGGCGGCCUGCAGCCUGCCUUUGCGAUCAUCUUCUCCAAAAUCAUCGCCGUGUUUGCCGAGAUGGACGAGGACAUUAAAAGGGAGAGGGCGAAUCUCUUCUCGCUGCUCUUUGCUGUCAUCGGUGUCAUUUCUUUCAUUGCGCUCUUCUUACAGGGUUUCUGUUUUGGGAAAGCUGGUGAGAUCCUGACCAUGAGACUGAGAUAUAGAGCUUUUAAAGCCAUGAUGCGACAGGACUUGGGCUGGUAUGACGACCCUAAGAAUAGUGUCGGCGCGCUGACCACCAGACUGGCCAAUGACACUGCUCAAGUGCAGGGUGCGACGGGCCUGAGGAUGGCUACCCUGGCUCAGAACGUGGCCAACCUGGGAACAUCCAUCAUCAUCUCGUUCGUGUACGGCUGGCAGCUCACCCUGCUUGUCCUUUCCAUCGUGCCAAUCAUGGCUGUCGCCGGAGCGAUCCAGAUGAAGAUGUUAGCAGGCCACGCCUUGAAAGACAAGAAGGAGUUAGAGCUGGCUGGAAAGGUCGCCACGGAGGCCAUAGAAAACAUCCGCACGGUUGUGUCACUGACCAGAGAGAGCAAGUUUGAAAGCCUGUUCCAGCAGAACCUGAUUGUGCCCUACAAGAACGCCCAGAAGAAGGCGCACAUUUUCGGCUUGACGUUCUCGUUCUCCCAAGCCAUGAUCUACUUUGCUUACGCUGGCUGUUUCAAAUUCGGCUCCUGGCUUUAUGAGAAAGAAAUGAUCACCUUCGAGGGUGUCUUCCUCGUAAUCUCCGCUAUAAUGUACGGCGCCAUGGCAGUGGGGGAAGCCAACUCCUUCACUCCGAACUACGCGAAGGCCAAGAUGUCCGCCUCCCACGUGCUCAUGCUCAUCAACAAAGUCUCAGCCAUCAACAACGACUCAGACGAGGGCGAACAGCCGGAGCACUUCUCGGGCAACGUGCGCCUCCAGGACGUGCAUUUCAGCUACCCGUCGCGGCCCGCCGUGCCCGUGCUGCAGGGCCUGAGCCUGCGUGUGAAGAAGGGCCAGACGCUCGCCCUGGUGGGUAGCAGCGGCUGCGGCAAGAGCACCAUCAUCCAGCUGCUGGAGAGGUUCUACGACCCACGGCAGGGCGCGGUGAUGCUGGACAUCCAUGACGCCAAGCAGCUGAACAUCCACUGGCUGCGUUCGCAGAUCGGCAUCGUGUCGCAGGAGCCCGUGCUUUUCGACUGCAGCCUGGCUGAGAACAUCGCCUACGGUGACAACAGCAGGCAGGUGGCGCCGGAGGAGGUGGAGCAGGCUGCCAGGGCUGCCAACAUUCACUCCUUCAUCGAGGGGCUUCCUCAGAAGUACCAGACGCAGGCGGGGGAUAAAGGUACGCAGCUGUCAGGUGGCCAAAAGCAGCGCAUCGCCAUAGCGAGGGCCAUCCUACGCAACCCCAAACUGCUGCUGCUGGACGAGGCCACGUCGGCCCUGGACACGGAGAGUGAGAAGGUAGUCCAGGAGGCGCUGGACAAAGCGCGCGAGGGCCGCACGUGCAUCGUGGUGGCUCACCGGCUGUCCACCAUCCAGAAUGCCGACGUCAUCGCCGUGCUGAAAAAUGGCGUGCUCGUGGAGCAGGGCACGCACCAGCAGCUCCUCAGCCAGCAGGGAGCGUACUACGCCCUCGUCAAUUCACAGAUGGGCCCCGGGAAGUAGAGUGGUCCCCUGGGGCACAGCAGAGGGGCAGAGAGGCACUGCGUCGGGACCGACACAUGGAGAACGAGGAAAAAGUAGCACUUGUUUAUGGAAAAAGCACAACCGACUUCUACUGAAGAAGAGAGGAAAUGUUAGUCACUGGAUUUAGCUCAGUCUCACAAGACGGGCAGCACUGUGGUUUUAAGGGAGUACGACCCAGUUAUUUCUCCAGUUAUUCAGCACAGUAUACCUGAAUAGUGGAACACACACUGGUAAAACGGACAGGAGACAUACUGUGGUCAGCACACUUAGGAAGCCUUGGUUCUUGUGUCCAUAUACUUACUCCUGGGUCUACACUGGAUCCUUAAUCAUUUCACCCACACAUCACCUAUAGUUGAACUUAUUACUUUAACACUAACCAAGCACUUCCAAGUUUAUGUGAGGGACAAACGGAGUACUAGGCCACAUACCCACAACAGUGAGUCCAAUCAGGUAGUUGUUUUGUACUGUAUAAUUUUUGAAGAACGCUUGGAUCUGCAAGCGCUUAGUUCAGGAUCAUGCCCAUUUAGUACCAUAAUGUGGUCUUAUUUAAGAUACUGUUAUUGCACUAAAAUGAGAUUUACUUUUGAUGCUUCAGUUUGUUUGUUUUUUUUAAAAAAGCAUAGCACUUAUUUAUGAAACUAACAUGGAGCACUCAGUAGGUUACCUUUUGUGACACUGCAUCAUGCUCAGGAGCUGAAGCACGUUCUGCUGGCUAUCUACAACUUUGGAAUAAAGUUUCCAGUGUUAUUUGCCAAUUUGGGUACACAUUCAUCUUUAUGAAUUUGACAGCACACUUACAACUCACUCAUUCAUAUAAAAGACAGACAUUCUAUUUUUUCCACAUUUCAGCUUUAUUUAGUUGUUCAUGGCAUUUAAAGUUAGCCAAGUGCUAGAAAUUACAUUUAAACCUGUACUCUAAUUGUAAAAUAAACUGCAUUCAUACUACAUGCAUAAAUUAAUUUAGAACUCACUUAGAACCCCUAGUAUAUGAACCCAAGCUUAUCUAGUACAGUUCUGUGAUUACUUCCAACUUCUGUGUAUGCAGUAUUGGACCUGAUGACCAAUAACCCUACAAGCCUCUAGUAAAACACUUUACAGUAGAAACUUUCUCUGCCAUUUUAAAAGGAUUACUAGAAAGAGGAAAAAAAAAAAAAAGCAACCCUAUACCAUUCAGACAAGUUUAAAUAUGAACAAUUAGCUACAAAAACAUUUUUCAUUGAGGUUCACCACUAAUAUUCCUAUGGGAAUUAAAUAUGAUUGGCUAUAUUUAGGAGAAAAAACCCUUGAGCAUAGAAAUAUCCUAAAUAAAAAUGGUUUUGUGAUAAAAACGCAAGUGUUUAAGUCUUAUUUAAUGUUGAGGUCAGGUGUAAGCAGAGAAAUCAGUUACUACUUAGGCAAGUAGUUUCAAUUUAACAAAACUUGAUUCCAACAAAAAUGGAAAAAAAAAA